AAUAUGAAUUAGCUGCCAUAUUAUUAUUCGACGUGCAGCCAUAUAAUGGACUUUAAUCUACCAUAUAUCGACAUUAUUGACUCGCGGCCAUUUUUCCCGUUUGAGCAACACCCAAUCAAUUAGUUAACUUACUCCUUUCGUCCACUUGCAGGCAGGCAGCAGCCCCCACCCCCAGACGGAACGACAUCUCCAAUUCCAAUCGCAGGGUAUAUCGUGGCACCCGCUAAUAUAUUAUGACAUGCCCUUUUUCUUUUCUCUUCGCUGAACCCUAUGUAUCCAAAUUCAUCGCGCGGGAAAAAACGACGACGCUCCCACCGAGGAGACGAUUGUUUAUUAAAUCCUCGAAACGCUCAAUCUCGUCUUCCGCCCGCCAAGAGGCUGAAGUCUAGCCCCAAGGAAGACCACGGCUCAGCUCGUUCAGAAUACUGGGAUAGUCUUUCCAAGGUAUAUCUUACGGGGAAUUCGUUGAAAGAACAUGAUAGACGGCUAUCUAAGGCUGCGUCGUCGCCUUCUUUCAGCCGUUCACUGCAUGAACGAAGCCUGCCACCUGUAGGUAUCGAAGAGAUAGAAAGCUUGCAACGAUUUGCGCGACGCGGAGGACCUGAUAUUUCUGACCUUAGAGGGUAUUGGCCGGGCAUGACGUCCAGAGGGAGGUCAAGGUCGAGAGGUCGAUCGAGGUCCGCCGGUAGAGGGGCCAAUGCGGCACAUUGGCUGCGUGGUAUCUCGUCGGAUCCUUCAAAGCCAAUUACAACAGAGAAAAGGUCCUCUGCAUAUGACGCUAAUUUUGAGCAAUGUCUCAUCGAUAGCGGUAUUUUCCCGGAUGGAUACCGUGACCCAGCGGGCCGCCGCAACCCGAAGCCAGAGAACUGGGAUGCUAUCAAACAUCGUUUGGGAAAAAGAAGACUAUCGCUCUCUCCUUCUCGAUUCUCUGAUGAAGGAUUUGAGAAUUUUGUUGAAAGGCAUAGAGAAGCUCGAAGUGAGACAAAGCUGAUGAAUUCAUGUUUCCCAAUCAUUCGAGGAGAUUCUUCUAUCCCCUGUGAAGAGGAUAAGCUCUUUGGAAACCUGAGGCCUUUAUCCCGCGAGCUGGUCACUGCCAAGCCAGACUUCUACGAUGGUGCGCGCGCAGAACAACUCAACAAACAAGUUCGAAAUGAGCUGAGUCAUUAUAUUAUCCCGUCACGACAGCUUCACAUUCCGAUACUACCAAAUUUCUUUUGCGAAGGCAAGGGACCAGAUGGGCUGAUGACAGUUGCUACACGGCAAGCUCUAUAUGAUGGCGCUUUGGGUGCUAGAGCAAUGCUUCACUUACAGUCAUUUGACACGGACCUGGGGUACGAUGGAAACGCUUACACAUUGGUCUCAAUUUAUUAUACUGGCACGUUGACGUUAUACACAGUUCAUCCAGGCCUAUCCGAGGCUCCUGGAAGGAAGACUAACUAUUACAUGAACCAGAUUGGAGGCUGGUACCUGCCUGGAUCGAUUGACCAAUUCCGUCAAGGUGUCGGCGCUUUCAGGAAUGCCAGAAACUUCGCAAAGGAACAACGGGACCUGUUCAUAAACGCUGCAAACGAGAAAGAGAAACUUGGACGUCCACGAGAAGCAUCAAGUGAAACUAAAACAACGCCUUCAAAUUCAACAGAUGCUGUAUGUAAUCACGAUUCUGCAACGUCUGCUGAUGAGCUUGCUACACCCGACCACCGUCCUAAGAGGACAUUAUCUGGGGCCGGGCGUGGAAGAGGGCCCAGGUCGAAGUCUGCUCGUAGACACGAAACUGGGUAUUUGAACUAGCCAUAAUCCCAUGCAAUCACUGGCACAUGAGCGUUGUGACCUCUGGAUGGUUUCUCGCCCAGCCUGCCGCUGCGCAUCAUGAUCAUUCCCACUGUUUCUAUACCCUCUAUGUAUUCACUUGGUAUCAUUUUUUCUCUAGACAGCAUCAUUCAGCGCGUCAUCCGACAAUAUUUCAUAUCUAUAUAUGUCAUUACCGUAAUAUGAGAGCGAGUGCGUAUUUCGUUCUGGUGUAGACAUUUCCAUUCAUAUAUCACCAUAAUAUAACCUCUGUGAGCGAAUAUCAUUUCAAAGCCAAGUUUUGAUCUGCUCCCGAAUAGAGCAACGCCCAGAUCAAUAAUUUCGACGUAUUUCCUUGUGCGGCAGUUCCAUAGUAGCC